CGCUUCGCCGCGUGGCCGCACAGACCUUCCUUGAUGGAGCAGGACAAAGGUUUUGUUCUUCUCCCAACAGUGCAGCCUUGUGCGGCCGCGGGCAGCGGCGACAGGCAGCAGCCAGCGCGGCCCCGUGCUCCCACGCCACGGUGCAGGGGGGGAGUUUCUCCUCCUUUGUCUGCUCCCGGCCAGGCAGCAGCCGGUGCGCGGCAGCGCCGGAGCAGCCGGGGAAGGGCCUCGGCAGGAGCCGCGGAGAACGGCGGCCGCGGUCCCCUCUGCCCCGGCACAGCCACCGGCCCGGCCUUGCCGCGCUGGGAACGAGCAGCGAUCCUGGGGGAGCCGAGCUCUUCAUGACGGGAACCCGAGCAGGCAGCGGGGACGGCAGCUGCGCCCGGGGACGGGGAGGACGGCAGCAUUGGGGACAAGGACACUCGCGCCCCGUCCCCACCCCCGGCGCCCGCCGUCGGCCAUGGGGAACGGCAUGAGCCAGAUCCUUCCUGGCCUCUACCUUGGGAACUUCGUUGAUGCCAAAGACCUGGAGCAGCUAAGCCGGAACAAGAUCACCCACAUUGUUUCGAUCCAUGAAUCCCCCCAGCCCUUGCUGAAGGACAUUACCUACCUCCGCAUCCCCCUGCCUGACACCCCUGAAGCCAACAUCAAGAGGCACUUCAAGGAAUGCAUCAGCUUUAUCCAUCAGUGUCGUCUGCAUGGAGGGAACUGUCUUGUCCACUGCCUUGCUGGCAUCUCCCGCAGUACCACAGUGGUCGUUGCCUACGUCAUGGUUGUCACGGAGCUGAGCUGCCAGGAGGUGCUGGAUGCCAUCCGAACCAUCCGGCCCGUCGCCAACCCCAACCCCGGCUUCAGGCAGCAGCUGUCUGAGUUCAGCGGCAGUGCAGCCCGCAAGGUCCGCAGGCACCUGAAGCAGAGGUAUGGGAUGUCUCCUUUCAAUGACGAGGAAGAAAUAAAGGCCUUGCUGCCAGCAGGGAGAGAAGGAACAUCCAGGACAGAGGGAGCUGUGCAAGGACUGGUCCCAAGAGCCAGAGACAUGAGGAGCACAAGUCCCUUCCUGCUGCGGGUGAAGAGGACGUUCUCCUGCAUCCCGGCUUGUCUGAAGUGACCCAAGCCAAGGGAGAGCAGUGAGCAUCACCCAACAGCCUGGGAGAGAUGAAAGAGAUGCAACACAGUGGGACAGGAACCUGCACAAAGCCCAGCUCCUUCUUCUCUUCUGGGGUGGGAAUGUGCCACCCUCUGUCUGGGCAGGUUUCAUGGACGCUGUUGGGCUUUGCAGCACAUGCUGGGUUCAUCUUCUUUACAUCCACCCUGCUGGGGACACAGGUCUCUGCCCUGGGUCACUGCAGGCUCCUGUUUGGGGCAGAACACACAGGGGGUCUCUUCUGCCACAGGCCAGUAUCCAGGUGUUGCCAGCAGCAGCUUUGGCACUUGGGUACCCACUGCAUGGCCUCAGGGUGCAUGGGAGAGCCGGUGCUCCCCUCAGAGCGGUUUUCCCACCAGCAGCACAAGCUCCCACCAUCCAGGUUGGCUGCGGAGCAGGGACACACCAGUGUGCCAGCAGGUAAUGCCACCACACAGGCUCCCAGGCAAGGGUCCAGCUCCAGACUGGCCAAGCACAAGCUCUGAGCAAGCACUGUAGCUUUAGGAAUCCAUUGCACCCCAUUCCCACCUAUCCCAGGGCACAAUCUGUAACAGGUGGGAACCAAGCAUUUAACCUGGCCAGACCUCACUAGAGCAGAGCCUUAAGCCAUUUUGCUUAAAGAGUUUCUAUGUCCCCCAGUAAUAAAUACCCUUCUCUGUGGUCUGA